AUGUCGGGUGACACGUACUUCCGCCGCGCCAUCAAUUGGAUGUAUGGCGAGACGGCCUACCUACAAAAGGCGCCUGGCCCGGAGAUAGGGGAAAAACACGUCAAUGAACUUCUUGGCCGUCACCCUUUUCACCCAUUCGAUCCGGAAAUGCAAUUGGACCAUCCCUGCUACAAUGCAAAUACCAUGUUCUACAAAUGUAUGACUGCAGAUCAUGUUGAGGGGUAUGAGCUUUACAUGAAGCAUGUGAGCUGUUACUUUCCAUACAAGACCGAGUUAAUGAAGUGCCUUUCAGGGGAGAAGCGCCGGGCGCGUGCGGCGGGAAGUCAAUGA